GCACCAUUCGGGAUGUGAGGUGAUGACGGUGACUUUGCAUGACCCGACUGAGCACCAGCCGCCAUGAAACACUGCCCUGUCCCCGUGGGGUCACUCAGGGGUGUCAGGGCCAGUGGUAAACCUCUGAACCUGCCCCCUGUGCCCUGCCCGAGGAGGGGAUCUCAGGGGAAGGGGUGCAGGAUCCUCCCCACGGACGGGCAGAGCCUGCUGCUGCCUUCAGGAAUGCAGCGAGGAGCUUCCCUCAUCACCCUGGCAAGGCAACCCAGGGCCUGCGCGCAGGCUAUUUUGGUCCAUCUUUUUAUCACACCCUCCUCCCUGCGGAAUUCACCCAACUAAAACCUUGCAAUCUGCAGCCUUCACUCUCAGAGCGAAGUGAGGCAGCGAGUGCACGGACGGUCCCCCUUCCCCAGCACACCAUGGCUGCACGGACCGUGCCCCACGCCUACCCCAUGAGUUCCGAGUAUGAGUUCGCCAACCCCAGCAAGAUCUACGACCAGAACUUUGGAGAAGGUGUGUCCCCGUGUGAAAUUCUAGCCCCUGCCCUGUACCACGGCUACUACAUCAGGCCCCGCAUCAACAAGCAGCUGGACCGAGGCACAUCUGAGGUCAGCCUCAACGAGCACAAGUUCCAGGUAUUCCUGGAUGUCUGCCACUUCCUCCCCAGCGAGCUCACCGUCCGCACUGUGGACAACCUGCUGGAGGUGAUGGGGCAGCACCCGCAGAAGGCUGACCGCCACGGCUUCAUCUCCCGAGAGUUCACCAGGACCUACAUCCUCCCACUGGACGUCGACCCCUUGCUGGUGAGGGCCACCUUGUCCCACGAUGGCAUCCUAAGCAUUGUGGCUCCCCGGACGGGGAAAGAGGUGAAGGCCAGGGUCAACGAGGUGAAGAUAACCCACCAGGAGCAGCCGGUGGGGAAAGAAGAAUGGGCCGAGGAAGGAAAAGGGAAGGAAGAGUCCUAAAGGCCCCAAAGCUGGGCUUGAGCAGCAGGAUAGGGGGGGAGAGGGAGGGGAGUCACAGUGCCAGACCCUGAUUUCUCACCACCAGCACCCAGCAGGGCUGGGAGGCAGCCAUGUAAAUGCCAGACUUCAGCUUCUUACAGCUGGUGGUUGGAAAAAAGGGUUUGGAAUUGAAAAAAACAUGGGACUGAAGUGUUUGUGGGAGGGACUGUAAUGCAAGUUUUCUCCUGGGCCCGGCUGAGCACCGUGCCCUUCUCUCACCCCGCCCGGGAAGGGUGACUCUCGCCCAAAAGCUGUUCCUGCCCCAGGGAAGGAACGAGCCCAGAGCCUCAGUCUGGAGCUGGCAGAUGACCUGUGUGUGCACACACGGCUCUCAUUGGUCUGUAAAAGCACCUGCAGCUCUCAGGAGGAAGGAGAAAUAAAUCUGCCUCUGGCCUGCUGUCACUUCCCUAGGUUUGCAUUGCUUCUGGCCACACCGUGGGCGUGGGCUUUGGAGGCUCACAGUGAGAGUCCAGAGCUGGAGAUGGAGUCAGCCCGAGUAAAUAAUCACCAAAGCCAUGUCCCUGCUUCAGCCCACUCUUUCAUGGGACGUGAGGCUUGUUCACAUGCAAAUCUUUUAGCUCUUGUGAGGGGAGCAAACCCCAAAAUGCCAAUGGGAAAGGCUUUGCUCAGGUCCCAAACACCUUGCUGGCAUCCCAGCACCCUCUGUGGAGCCACAGAGGGGAGAAUUUUGCCCCUUUUGCAGGCACAGUGAUGCGACCAGCUACAUGAGAAACCUAUCCACGGCCGUGUGAUGCUGGGCCAGGGAUCGGGUGUGCUGCUGUCGGCAGCAGCUGCUGCCUCGGCCGGCCCCAGGGCUCAGCAGGCGCCAGGCACAAUCCUCGUCAGUGCCAAUUAAAGCAGCCAAAUUGCUGUGUCACUGGCCGAAUAUGGGGGUCCCUGGCAGGGCUCGCUGCAGCCCUCCCAUGGGAGGCAGAAAAGUUCCAGGGACCUAUGGCCGGAGCCUCCUCCUGCCAGGACAGGGCUGUGGGUUUCUGCACACUGCCUUCCUGCACGGGCAGGACCAGAAAGGCCGUGCUCAGGCUGCUCCUUCGCCCACCAACCUCCGUACUGCUGCUUUCUGCUCCUUGGAGUCCCUGCCUGCAGUGAGGGUCAGAGGGAAGAGAAAAGCUGCCCUGCUCACCAGCACUAUGGGAGUGAGCAGGAGGGUGACAGAGCAUCCAUCCUGCCCGGUGCACAUCACCCACAGCCGUGGUACAUGCCGCUGGGGGAUGCCCUUACUCUGUAGGACCAGAUAAGCUGCUGCCAGAGAGCAUUUCAGUUGAUGCCAAAAUAAAAAUCACCUUUACAACAG